AUGGAGAAUUAUUGUGAUGGCUGGGAUGAAUUCCGCAGAGCCCUGACGAUUACUCGGAAGAGUUUUUUGAAGAAAUUGAAUCCACGAAAUGGUCUGCCUAUCCUCAAAGAACUCUCCGUAAAGAUGAUAGAUCAGAGUCAAUUUGAAUUGGCUUCGUUAUGUUACAUGGAGAUGUCUGUCAUCUACAAUGAUCUUGGUGAUAUUCUCCAUGAGAAAGAAGCUUUGUUUGAGGCUUCUCGCUUAAUUUCUUUGGGAUAUUCGAAUUCAAAUCAAGGAUUCAUAAGGAUUGAACCAUUUCUCUUACAUCGAUUAGAAGAAGUAUACGUAAAAAUAGCAGAGUUAUCGCUGAGGGCAAAAUUUAUUCAGACAAUUGGAGUAAUUUUAUUGGAAUUGGCCUGCAAAUUCAUGGACAUCGAUUGUUAUGAUAUUUCCUUUGAAUAUCUUAUCAGAGGUGAAUCUUUUCGUGUGUGUGCAAUCAAAGCUAAUUUUAUUUCAGUUUUGAAGUACUUGAAAUCAGAUUUUUAUUACCGGAAGUUGAUUUUCGAUAAGGUUAUUAUUUGUUUGGACAAUUCCAAAUCUUUGGCCUCGGAUCUCUCUGAUUUCUCUUCCAUAUUUUUAUCUUACAUUAAAACCGAGAACUUGUAAGUAUAACACUCAUUGCUAUUUUUUAUUUUUAGAAAUGGUAUCCUCAAAGAAAAGAUGGUGGAAAUCGAAUUAAAGUUGGUUCUUCUUCAUCUAAAGCAAUAUUCCGAGGAUUGGGAGAUGAGAUCACGUUCUGUUUUGAGUAAUUAUCUUAACUCCGAAGGGCAUAAAACCCUUAUGAACAAAGCAGAUCUUAUACUUGUCACAUCACUUAUUAACAGUUAUCAGAAAAGAGAUUUUGUUAAACUUAUUUUUAUAUUCCAUUCACAAUUUUGGCAUAAAUUAGAUGAUUAUGGAAGAAGAUUGAUGGCAAACGUAAUCGAAAGGACAAGGCCGUCGGCAGGAGUGUUACAGUAUGUUGUUUUGAUUAUUCUAAUUACGUAUAAUCUCAGCGAAGAACUCGAAGUGGUUUUGAAAUCUGAUAUGACUGGACUGGAAAGGAGGAAAAAGAUGAUCGAGUGGUACAAAACAGUGAAAGUUAAGAAUAUUACUACUUAUCAGACUCUGUGA